GUGUCAAUAUUGUAAUGAUGUGGGUAGCAUGCACUUAUAGAAUAAACCAGUCUAACCCGAGUCACCGUCUUUGAUUCACGCCCGUCUUGACAUGGCGCAGCCGGUAUUAGGAACUAAUUAAAUCUUCGUGAGUGUUUAAACACGUAUAAAUCCCGAAUAUACAGUGGUCGCAGUGAUAAGACGUGUGGUAAAUUUAAUAAAAACAGUAUAAAUAAAUAAGAUUAAAAAGUAAAUUAGAAAAUAAAUUCGGUGCAGAUUCAAAAUGGAAGCCGUAUUAAAACCGCCGUUACCAUUCCAAUUUGAUAACAAUAUUACAAAUGUAACCUCGGGAAACCUAAGCAAAUCAUGGGAAGAGUGGAAAAAGUCUUUUGAAAUAUACUAUCAGGCGUGCGAGUUUUCCAAAAAAGAUGCAAAGGUGCAAAUUAGUAUUUUGUUGCAUAUAAUUGGCCCAAGGUGCAGAGAAGUUCACGAUACAUUCAAAACAAAAUGCACCACAGUCGACGAAGUUUUAGAAGAAUUUGAUAAUUUCUUUUUACCGAAGAAAAACUUAACAGUAGAACGUCACAAGUUCUUUAUCCGAGAACAAAGGGAAUUUGAAUCCGUUGAACAGUAUGUCUUCGAACUGAAUAAGAUGGCCGCCAAAUGUGAGUUCAAAGAUCUUUGUAACGACCUUGUCAAGGACCGUUUGAUUUGUGGAAUCCAUGAUAAUUCAUUACGGGAACGUUUGCUUAGAGAGAGUGACUUAACGCUGAAAAAGGCGUUAGAUAUUUGCCAGCUAGCCGAACUAUCAAGGGUGCAAGCUACGAAUAUAAAUACCGAGGUUUCAGCGCAUCACGUGAACGAGAUAAAUAAUAAAUGUUGCGGCAAUUGCACAGGCAAUAGUGCAGAAAAUACGGAAUCGGUGGAUUGGAUGCAGCAGGGAGUACGUGAGCGUCGCAGGCGCGGGCGUGGGCGCGGGCGGGCGCGAGGCAGGGCGCGAGGGCGCGGGCACGGAGACCCGGCACCCGCCGCCGCCUCGGCCGCCGCCCCAUCGCCGCCGCCGCCGCCUCCUGCGCGAUCCUCGCGUGUGUGUUACAAGUGCGGUAUGAGUCAUAACAUGUACCAGUGUCCCGCGUAUGGUGCAAAGUGCAAUAAGUGCAACCGUUAUAAUCAUUAUGCGAAAAUGUGCCAAGUAUUGUAUGAAAUCGAUGGGAACUCAUCCGAUCAGGACGGUGAGGCCUCCUGAGCGAUACGGAUUUUCAACGCCACAACUGCACACUUGAAAUACCUACCAAUGUAGUUAAGAAAUCUAUACAUUAUAAUAAAUAAUAAAAAUAAAAAAUAUGUACAUAUUACAUUACAUAAUAUUAUAUUUAGAUGAAUGAAUGUCAUUGUAUUGUAAUUUACCUACUUAAUUUAUUGAUGAAACAAUUUUUUUUAAAAUUAUUAAUUCAUAAUUUAUGAUUCGUAAUUUGUGCAUGUAUCCAUUAAAUUAUUCAAUAUACCUACCUAAAUACAAAUAAUUUUAACUGUGUACCUAUACAAUGUAUGUGUCGCUGUCGACAUUCUAGAAGUGAUUUUGUUCUACAUAUUUACAGUGUAUUGUACGUCGGAUACCAAUUUUAGUCAUGGUAAGGUACCUAGGAACCUACCUAUUCUCUGAUAAAACUGUAACAUUACAUUUAUGUGUAAUAAUAAUUGUGUACUCUGUAGAAUAAAGUGGAUCUAUAGGUACUUAUGAGCUAGAUCAUUAUGAUUGUUAUUGGAGAUGCCUAUGCUUUAUUCGUAUAAUUGUAUCGUCUACUUAUUUUUUUAAAGAAUUUUUCAUAGAAUUACAAGAAUUGCAUGACAUUUACCUAACAUUGUUAAUAUUUUCAUAGAAUUGCAUGACAUAUACCUAACAUUGUUAAUAUUAUUACCAUGUUAAAUUUUCUUCUUAUGAAUUUAUUGUUUUUAUGAAUACUUAUGCUUUGAAAUUCAUACAUUUAUAUAUUAUGAAACAAACAUGUACUUAUCCUCCUUCACUAGGUAGAAGCAGUAGAUAAAACAUAAGUACAGACCUAAUCUUUGUUUGAUUUUGUUAAAUAUAAUGUGUACUCGAUUAGAUUCAAUUGAUUCUAUCAUUAUUAAUUCAUAUUACUUAUAUAUCAAUGUUUUUUGUCAAUAAUGCGAAAUUUGUGUUUAUUACAUGUAAACAGUCGGGAUUAUUGCAAAUAUCCAAUUGUAACUAUUUUUUUUGUUUUUAUUUCAUUAUUUUUUUUUGAAAGGAGAAGGAUGUCAAUAUUGUAAUGAUGUGGGUAGCAUGCACUUAUAGAAUAAACCAGUCUAACCCGA